GGUGGAAGACGCCUUCUUCUGCCCGCGCCCUUGGCACCUGCUACACAAAUUUUAGGUCAGGCAAUUCAAAAUCUUGGCGGGGGACAGCAAUAGUUAAAAUUUAUCCCCGCCAGUUUUGUUUUCCGCUGGUUAUUCAAUCUCCUUCUUGCGGCUAUUUCCUGGCCAGACGGGCGGCGGCCAGUUUCAGUGCAGUGCGGAAUUCCAUCGCCACAAGACGCUAGCGGCUCAUUGACCUUCGACCGAGCGAAUACAUUGGCGGCCCCGCCCAUGACCACCAUAAACCUUUGGAACAAAUUAGCGCGCGCGCUGUCGUGAAGUCUUUUGAACGUGUUGAAGAAGUCUUUCGGCAGUUGAACCGACCGUCAGUCCUGUUUUGUUGUUCUUAUGAGCGGGGGCGGUUUCUUGAUGCAUUGCUUAUCGUGGAUGACAGGUCGCGUGCGCUCGAUGUUAUGCCACACGCCGAAUCAAGUUGCACAUUCUCUCCGUCUUUUGUAAACGACGCGUAUAUUCUUCGGCCUCGAGGAAGAAUCUUUGCCUUCUGUGGCAUUCUUGCCGAUUCCGAAUGCCAAUUUCAAAUCAGAUGAUGCUACGCGGGCACCAUCCCCCAGCAACAAUCGAGGUGUCUAAGGGGGGGAUGUUUUAAAUACCUACCUGCGAGUUGGAAGGAGGAAGGUUUGGUACCCAGCAACGAAUUGUGCUGUGCGGAAGUCGAUUUUGCUGACGGCGGCUGCUUUCCUGGCCGGCCACAGUCAAGGAUCUGUGGGCUCAGCGGGCUGUGUUUGUUGAUUGAAUAAUCUCCCAAGGGAAGAGCUACUCCCGUCUUCCACCAUGAGUGUCAUCAAUGUGACCAACGUAACGGUUCUCGACAACCCGACACUGUUUUUAAAUCCAUUUCAGUUCGAAAUAGCCUACGAAUGCUACUUUCCUUUGCCAAACGACCUAGAAUGGAAGCUCAUCUACGUUGGGUCGGCGGAAGACGAGCAAUACGACCAGGUGCUUGAGAGCGUGCUCGUGGGCCCGGUAAACGAGGGAAGCUAUCGGUUCGUGUUCCAGGCUGAUGCGCCGAAUCCCGCCAAGAUUCCUGAUCAGGAUAUAAUUGGCGUGACUGUUCUUCUCUUAACCUGUUCCUACAGAGGCCAGGAGUUCAUCAGAGUAGGCUACUAUGUGAAUAAUGAGUAUGUGGACGAGGAGGAGCUGAGAGAAAAUCCCCCUCAGAAGGUUGUGAUUGAGAAGGUUCAAAGGAAUAUCUUGGCUGACAAGCCACGAGUAACCAAGUUCCAAAUCGUCUGGGACAAUCUGUCGCCGCCAGUACCGCAGGUACCGCAUAGAUGGGACCAAGCUCCCACAGAGGAACAGCAGGCGCAACAGCAGAUGAUGUCGGCACCCAACCCCGUUCCACAGAUGGUACCUCAGCAUUGAUUGUAGCAGUCUAGCGUCUUUUCCAAUGAGUGGGUGCUGCCUCUGCUGCUGCCGUGUUAGGCUAUUGAAUAUCUGACCCAGUGGCCUCUUCUUUGGCACGAGUUGCAUUGUAACAGAGUGAUUAUACAUCAUAGGUAAGGGAGGGGGGCAUAUGUGGGGCAUGCGAAGAGGGCAAAGGGCGUCUACAAAGAAAGAUAUGUCUGUGUUUCUGCAUGGAUGGUCUUUGUAGCGGCGGGCCGACUGUGGUUGUUGAUGAAUUGCCCAGUUUUUCAGAUUUCCUUGAUUGUCUUUGAAACCUGUCUCCCAGAGCCUUCCCCUCCUUUCCUGGGGAUGCUACGAGAACGAGCUGAUGGCAGGCAUGAGGAUGGAUUUUUGAACUCUCCAUACCCCCACUUCCUAUGCUUGGUUUUGUUCCAUUAGUUAUUUCUAACUGUUGAUGAUGCGGUAGCGUGUGUUGGAGAUGGUGGUAACCUGUUGGGAGAAGGCAGCAUGCAACAUGUAUGCUUGGUUCCGGGAACCGUGAGAUAUGAAGUGGGUGUGUAUAUCAGAUCCGUAGGUGCGCUGGCGAGCUUUUGCGCGAAGGAUGGCUUUGUGGAUCUGUGCCUCUGCGCUGCGGUUGGUGAUCUGUCGAAGGUUGCUGGCCAAAGCCUUUCCACAGCUCUCUUCAUUUCCAGUCUUCCACAUGGUUGCGGACCUUGUUAUCUUCAGCUUUUGUACUUGAGACAGAGGGUGCAUGCCACCUUUUUGCUCUGAUUGUUGUGUACAUUGAAUGUAGGAGCGGUCAACAAAGGGGAGGAGCGUGUGUGCCGGAGGGGCGGGGGGGGGGGGGGGGGGGGGGGAGGGAGUGGGAGGUUGAGAUGCAGAGUGGGAGGGAGGAAAAAGAUGCUGAAGAGGAGGGGAAAGAGUAGGGGAAGAAGGGGGGAAAGGGUGGGGGGCGAGGAGGAUUUGCGUGCAUGCUGAAGGACUGGGGAUCUGGAGGAAUAGGUGUAGGAAGAAGAACGUGCUAUGCUAGUUUGAUGUUGUACAGAGUGGGAAAUUUACAUUUUGAUGUCCAGGUGCAUGGAACGGGAGAAGAGGCGAAAUGCACCUGGCAUGGCCCUUCCUGCUUGAGGUUUUGGCUUUUCUCUAGGCACGGAGAGGAAUGCAGCCACUGCUCUUUUCUCUGAGCCACUGUCUCUUCGUCAAAGAGGGGACUGACUAUGAGCUUGGAGAGUAAGCGUUUGGGUAAAGAAUGGAGAGGAUGGGCACGGCAGUUGCCUUUGCUUAUGAAGUUGCUCAUCGGUUUGCUCCUUUUGCGUGUGGUGGUGGCCUGGAGUCCUGGCCUUGACAAUAACCUAGAAGAUUGCGGCUUACCUCAGAUGAAACAUGCCAUGUGAUUCUGUCCUCCAAGGUACAACUCUAUUGUUUUGGGAUCGGCAGUUUUCUUUUUUUGUAGUGUGUAUUAUGUAUUGUUUUACGAACUUUUGCUGCUGCAUGCCAAGUAUUUGUGGAUCGUUGAACACUAAGCAGGGGGGUUGAUACCUCUUCUUUGUUGAGACCUCUUCUUUUUUUGGCACAGCUUUGUGCUUGCAAGUACUUUGUAACCUGCACUGAAAAAUCAUGAUGGAUGAGGUUCUGACAGCUGUGAGCAGAGCCUGCUGUGCUGUCUGUGUUAUGCAUUUGUUGCG